AUAUUGAACAAUGAAAUUGUGCGGUUCUCCAACGUUUGAUAAAACAAACAAACAAACUGCAUUACUUACGUACACACACUCUUCAAUCCUUAACCACUCCAUUACAGUUAUUCUCUAUAUGCCAUCAUGUUAAUGUAACUUAAUAAUUAUCCUUUCAUCAUUUCGUAUUAACAAUAACAAUAACAAAGUGAAAGAGCAACCAUGAUGGAUAUGACUUCAUCAAAAGAUGGACAAUCUCCUCCAAAUUCAAAGAAAACUUCCAAGAAACCUAAAUAUUCAAAAUUCUCACAGCAAGAACUUCCGGCAUGGAAACCGAUUCUAACACCUGGAUGGGUGAUUGCCACAUUUACUGCAAUUGGAAUAAUCUUUAUCCCUAUUGGUCUUGCAUCAUUGUUUUCAUCAGGGAAGGUGGUGGAAGCUGAAUUCAGAUAUGAUGAAACGUGUCUUUCUCCGGAUGUUGCUAAAGAUGCAGUUGCAUAUAUUAAAAGUGAUACCACUAACAAGACUUGCACCCACAAAUGGAUUGUUGAGCAAAAAAUGCAAGCUCCUGUUUUUAUCUACUACCAGCUUGAGAAUUACUAUCAAAAUCAUCGCCGAUAUGUUAAGAGUAGAAAUGAUAAGCAGUUGUGGCGUAAGUCAGCUGAAUUGCAAACAGACCACUGUGAUCCAGUAGACAAAACAGAAGGAAAGGAGCCAAUUGUUCCUUGUGGCCUCAUUGCAUGGAGUAUGUUCAAUGACACCUACAAAUUUUCAAUUGACAACAAGGAUUUAACUAUCAACAAAAAGAACAUAGCAUGGGGAAGUGACAAAAAUUCUAAAUUUGGUCAUGAAGUUUAUCCUAAAAAUUUUCAGAGUGGAGGUUUGAUUGGAGGUGCAAAACUCAAUGAAAGCGUACCUUUGAGUGAACAAGAGGAUCUGAUUGUUUGGAUGAGAACAGCAGCAUUACCAACGUUCAGAAAACUGUAUGGGAAGAUAGAGUCCGAUCUUGAAGUUAACGAUGAGAUAGAAAUACUAAUUCAGAACAAUUACAACACAUACGAGUUUCAAGGUAGGAAGAAGUUGGUUCUAUCAACUACAACUUGGAUUGGUGGGAAAAAUAGAUUCUUGGGGGUUGCCUACCUUUGUGUUGGUGGACUAUCCUUGUUCUGUGCUAUAGGAUUCAUUCUUCUGUAUGUGGUCAAGCCAAGACCUCUUGGAGAUCCAUCCUACUUAUCAUGGAACAGAAAUCCAGGGAUCUUAAAAUGAUGUCUUGUAACUCAAAUUUUAUUUUUGUUGACAAUUCAGUGUCUUCUUUUGUCAUCAGUUCUUUGUGUGACAAAGAGGCUCAUUCUGGAAUUGUUUAUUUGUUCUUGAGUAGGUGACCAACAUGGAACAUGAGUGUAUAUAAACGUUUAUCAAUCCUUUAUACAGAUAUAUUACAAGUUUUGAUC